AUGGAGGGGUUCCUGCACACGUUUCCGCCCUAUAACGCCUAUGGGAACCCGGUGUGCGCUCCCCCGGCUCAGGGCAGCAGCUGGGGGAAGAGAGAGGGCCGCUUCAUGAUCCCUCCGGGCCUCAGCUACCUGGAGCUCUGCAAGACCAUCCUGUCCCAGGUCAGUCCCGGCGCACACCCUCCUCCCCCAGCCAGAAAGGAAAACACCAAAGAGUGCGGCGUGCAGGUGAACGCCAAAGUGGAUAAAAUAGUCCAGUGUUCCUUGGGUCCCAAAACGCUGCUGGUCGACGAGCACCUCGAGAGUCCUGGUCAGGUCAAACCGGAGGAAAAGACGAAGCCCCACACGCCGCCGGUGAGCAACCUGCGCUUCCGGAGACCCGUGUCCAUCUAUUCGCCGGUGUUCGACCGCAGGGCUUUCAUGAAAAGUCUCAGCGACGACUGUGAAAAAGAAGAGGCUGAAGCUUCAGAGCAAGACCAGUCUGAAGCAGAAACGGAUCACAGUGGCGAGGACUUUGAAAGGGACCAGAAGACCACUUUCCACCGCUCCAACAAGGACUCCAACUUCCAGUUCCUGGAGCAGAGGUAUGGAUUUUUCCACUGUAAGAAGUGCAACAUCCGGUGGGAGAGUGCUUAUGUUUGGUGCAUCUCUGGAACCAGUAAGGUGUACUACAAGCAGCUCUGCCGGAAGUGCCAGGUGGGGUUUAACCCCUACAGGGUGGAGUCUAUCCUCUGCAAGGGUUGCUCUCAGACUUGCUGCAUCUGUGAGAAGAAACAGAGGCACAUUAACAUGAAGAGGCCUCAUCGUCAGGACUUGUGUUGCCGCUGCAAAGGGAUGAGGUUGUCCUGUGACGCCACCUAUAGCUUUAAAUACAUCGUCUGAGCUGCUCAGCCUGAUUGUGUCCUUGUGUCCUCUUGGUGGUCUGAGGCCACACUGAUGGAGCCAGACUUGCUGAAGUGAAGAUGUCCAAAAACCAAGCUGCCUCCAUAGACUUGUCACUUACGUUCCAACCAUUACCCUUUGUCUGUGGUGGUUUUUGUAGCGGUUUCUAAAAAUGUAAUUUCUCAAUCCACUGAUGCAGAAAUAUUUUUGUAAAAAGAAUAAAAUUUAUGAAUUGCA